GGUUCUGCCACAUAUGUUCUUCAGAAAUCUUUGAGCAUCCUACAGCCUCUGGGAAAAUGAUUUGUGAUGCUCAAACCAUCCUCUCAUCUUUUUGUCCUUUCUUAGCUGCAGGUUACCGAUGACCGUCUCUCGGCAUUGAACCGUAGCAGGAGCUUAACCAGAGCAUGAAAGAUGCAGUGAAUUCAGUCUCUUUCUUUGUAUGUGAAAAUUACUCUCUGUCUCUCUGUCUCUCUCUCUCUCUCUUUGGAUUUCCUUUGGUGAACACAUUCAUGCACACAAGCGAAGUGAAAGCCGGUAUAGGCAUGUAGUGAUCAAUGAUUGAUACCUCGGGAAAUGUUUACCGCAGUGGAAUUACUCGCUGGAUAUGAACUCCUCCUUGUCUUUUGUUUCUUUGUUUCUUGCGAGGAAAAUGCUCGGCACAUUUCGGCAAACAGCCAUAUAUAAAUAACACGCUUUCUCUGUGUUCUGUACCAACUUCCUCUUCCCCCCCCCCCUCUUUCUACAUCAACGCCGCUUUCCUCAUCUCUCCGGUGGCCAUCGGUGACCAGGAAGCUUCAUUUGAGUGCGUCUUCUUUGGUCUUUUGGUUUGAGACUUGGAAGUCCUCUGUUUCGUUGCCAGGCGCUGGAAUACUCCUCCAGAGGCCGAGCUGGUGGUCGCUAUCGAGAGUAGCUAAAAGAUUGCGUUUUUAGACGCAGAGAGAAGGAAGACAUGGUGAUGAUGAGCCCUAUGUUUCGAUUGGGGAACGAGGACACGGGUCCGCCAUGGCUGCGGCCGCUCCUGAAGGCGAGCUUCUUCGUCCCCUGCCAAUUCCAUGGGGAUUCCAACAAGAGCGAGUGUAACUUGUACUGCUUGGAUUGCAUGGGGAAUGCGCUCUGCUCAUACUGCCUCCCGGGCCACAAGGAUCACAACGUCGUUCAGAUUCGGAGGUCUUCGUAUCACAAUGUGAUCAGAGUGUCGGAGGUGUCCAAAUUCAUAGACAUCUCUUGCAUCCAAACCUACAUUAUCAACAGCGCCAAGAUAGUGUUCCUCAACGAGAGGCCGCAGUCGAGGCCCGGAAAGGGAGUCACCAACGCUUGCGAAAUCUGCAGCCGCAACCUCUUGGAUUCCUUCCGGUUUUGCUCCAUCGGCUGCAAGCUAGAAGGUAUGAGGACGGACCCAGAGCUCACCUUCACCCUCCACCCCAAGCCUCGCCGCGAGCCGAUGCAUGGCUCUGAAUCCGACGAGUCAUCGACCGGUCGAAAGCUGCGAAAGACCUCAGGCAUUAGCAGAAGCAUCACCCAGCUCCCUGCAGCGAAAUGGGGCAACGAAGGUAGCAGCAUCUCUUCCGGGACUCCUCCCAUCGUCAUCAGCUACCGGACAUCCCGACGGAAGGGCGUGCCUCAUCGGGCUCCAUUCUAAGGUUGUGGAUAUGUACCGUGAAUAUAUAACACCAUAGGAAUAACGAAACCAAAGUGUGUGGUUCUUAGUUUCUUCUCCUUCCUAUUUGGACAUAAUGGAAGUGUGAGGAAGAAGUGGGCUUCAUGCAUCU